UAUGUUUGUUAUUUUACCAUUUUUUUUUAAUUCAACGUUUGUUUCAAUUUCUUUUUUUUAUUUAAACUUUCUCUAUGGUAAUUGGUGUUGCUGCUAUUAAUUAAUUUCUGGUGCUAAUUUGAGAGAAGUGUGUGUGAGAGACAGAGAGAGAGAGGAAUCAAGAUAGCUCCUUUUGAAUUUUCUAUCAGAAUCUGAGGACCCAAAAUCUAGGGUUUUCUGUUCCUUCUCUUGGGAUCUGUAGACAUGCAGUCCAAGUCUGAAACUGCAAAUCGACUGAGGUCAGAUCCUCAUUCCUUUCAACCUGGAAGUGUUUAUUCCGAGCCUUGGUGGCGUGGUAUUGGUUACAAUCCCUUGGCCCAAACAAUGGCUGGGGCAAAUGCAUCCAAUUCGUCAUCUCUUGAGUGCCCUAAUGGUGAUUCUGAGUCCAAUGAAGAAGGCCAGUCUUUGUCCAAUAGCGGGAUGAAUGAGGAAGAUGAUGAUGCCACUAAAGAUUCGCAGCCUGCUGCUCCUAACGAACCAGGAAAUUAUGGACAAGAACAGCAAGGGACGCAGCAUACUGCAUCAUCUGCGCCAUCCAUGCGUGAAGAAUGCCUUACUCAGACACCGCAGCUGGAACUUGUUGGUCAUUCAAUUGCGUGUGCUACAAAUCCUUAUCAAGAUCCGUACUAUGGGGGCAUGAUGGCUGCUUAUGGUCACCAGCAGUUGGGAUAUGCUCCUUUUAUAGGAAUGCCUCAUGCCAGAAUGCCUUUGCCCCUUGAGAUGGCUCAAGAGCCUGUAUAUGUGAAUGCCAAACAGUACCAAGGAAUUCUGAGGCGAAGACAAGCCCGUGCUAAAGCAGAACUUGAAAGGAAGCUAAUAAAAUCUAGAAAGCCAUAUCUUCACGAGUCUCGGCACCAGCAUGCUAUGAGAAGGGCAAGGGGUACGGGAGGACGAUUUGCAAAGAAAUCCGAUGCUGAGGGCUCAAACAACUCAGGCAAGGAAAAGGAUAAUGGUACUGAUUCUGUCCUAUCAUCACAAUCAAUUAGUUCAUCUGGUUCUGAACCUUUGCAUUCUGACUCUGCGGAAACCUGGAAUUCUCCUAACAUGCAACAAGAUGCAAGAGCUGCAAAAGUACAGAACAGGUUUGAUGCAGCUGGUUACCGAAAUGGCAGUGGCUCUUACAAUCAUCACGGUUUGCAAUCUUCGGUGUAUCAUUCAUCCUCAGGUGAAAGAGUGGAGGAAGGGGACUGUUCAGGUCAGCAACUAAACCACAAUUGAUGGGGGGGAUUUAGAGGCCGAGGUUGGUUUGUAUCCUAGAGACAUAUUGGUGAAGAAUACCUUGGUUAUCUGUAAACAUUCUUGGCAAUAUAUGUGCCAAGCGGCAAAUCAUUCUUGGCUUGUUCUUGUGUUUGUGGUGUGAAUGAUAUUAUGGGGAGCGAAAAGAAUGAUUGAUUAUUGAUAUUUGUGAUUUCUGUUGAAGUCGGUCAAUCAAUCCUUCAUUCUUUGCUCAUUUUUAAUUUUGUACAGUUUUAUAGUGGUUAGUCAACUCCAACUUCAACCAACUUGGAUGGAUGAUGAUGAUCAGGUUAGAAGAAACAAACUCUUGAUGUACCAACACUCUGUUUGACUGCUUUAUUGUGUAGUUCAACUGGCUGUCAAUGUUAACAUGAGACGUCAUAGGAUAAUGAACAUGCUCUUAGUUAUUACACCA